UUGACGGAUGGCGGUUCUCAUCAGUGUGUGUUUUUGUGAAUAUUUUAAAAUCUGUGAUUUUGAGGUGUUUUUAUUUUGUACAAAUCCGUACAAGCUAUCCGUUGUUUAUAAUAUAAUAAAGAAAUAAUACAUUUUAUUUAUCUAUUUGUGUAAAAAAUAAUCCAAAAUGCAACGACGUCGGGGCCCUAACUUUACGUAUGUAAGCGGCUGCGUGAAGUACAUGAUUUUCGUGUUAAAUUUUAUAUUUUGGUUAUCCGGUGGACUUAUAACUGGUAUUGGAUUGUAUGCGUUUAUAGACAAGUGGCAGGCGACGGGACAUAUAAAGCUGGACACCGUGUAUGAUGUGAUACUGAACGUAAGCCUGCUGAUAGCCCUGCUGGGCAGUGUUGUGUUCAUCGUCAGCUUCGCUGGGUGCAUUGGAGCUCUGAGAGAGAACACGUGCUUGCUCAAAUUUUACUCCCUCUGUCUUCUGGUGCUUUUCCUGGUGGAGAUGGGCGGCGCGGUAUGCGGGUUCGUGUUCCCGCGCUCGCUGCACGGCAUCCUGGAGAACAGCUUCACGGAGCGCAUCGUGCGACUGUACCGGGACGACCCUGACCUGCAGAACUUCAUCGACUUCGCGCAGAAAGACUUUCACUGCUGCGGCUUAACAUCAGACGGUUACAUGGACUGGUCCAAGAACGAGUACUUCAACUGCUCGUCGCCGUCCGUGGAGCGCUGCGGGGUGCCGUUCUCGUGCUGCAUCAACGCCACGGACAUCAGCUCGGGGCUCGUCAACAUCAUGUGCGGAUACGGAGUGCAGAACUAUCCCGUAGCAGAGGCGAGCAAGCGCGUGUGGACGAGCGGGUGCAUAGAGAUAGUCCGCUCGUGGGGCGAGCGCAACCUGUACACCAUCGCCACGGUGGCGCUGGGCGUGGCGCUGUCGCAGCUCUUCGUCAUCUACCUCGCCAAGACCCUCGAGGGGCAGAUCGAGUUGCAGAAAGCCAGAUGGCAAACAUGAAAUAGGGGUUCAGCGGGCGCGUAUCGGGACGACUGUCGGCGCGCGCUGCUGUAGCCGGGAAUCGAACCCGGCACCCGGGACACGGUGCCAUCCUCGCUGCACAUGUAGACCCAGGGGUCAAAAAUGGCUUCCACUGUGAUAUUAAGUGUGCAAAACCAUACAAAUAGUGCAGUGAUGUGACAAAGUGAAUAGUACCCCAUAUUACAUUUGAAGGGUUAACAGUGAAAAGUACCCCAAACUGCAUUUCAAGGGUUACAGUGAUUAUAAGUGUUUGCGACCAAUUUUCCCUAAAAAGGUCAUUGACCUUUUUAUAGUGACAAUAUGGGAUUUAAAAGGAUGUAUACAGGAUGUAUACAUCCUGUGAAUUAUUUAAUUUUGAAUCUAUCAUUAAAAGUAUGUAUUUUAGUGGAAUAUAAUAUUCACAAAGUACUUUAAUUAUGGAAGUACUGCAAAUAAGUUUGAAGAAAAAGAAAUACUUUAGUCAUUCGAAGGCAGCCUUAUCAAGCAAUAGAGGCGACCUUUAAACAAUCUCUAGAAAGGUAGUCGGUUAUUUAUUUCAUUAAAUUAAAAUGUGCCAGUGUUCGUCAUAUAGAACAGUAUUUUAUUGUAUAAAGUAUUUUUCAGAUAGCAUGGGUACGGUGACAGUCUCCUAUAUAACGUUCAUAAUACGUACUAAAAUCGUAGAGAGUAAAACGAACUGUCACCUGCACCAUCCUACAUGAAACGAACUGUAGUUUAACAUUUAAGUGCCAUUUCACAGUUUACGUAAAUGUAUCUAAGGGCGAAAUUUUCGGACCUACGAAAAGCCUAAGCCUAAGUCUCAUUUUAAAUGAAAGUUUCAUAUCUGGCAGUUAAAUUAAUUUUAUUGAAAUCCUUGCCAAAUAUGACUAUAAUUUACUCAAAAUUAUUAUAACUUUGAUUGAAAUUGAUUUAUAUAAGGGAUGUACUCUAAUAUCCGAAUUAGAAAUCCCUUUCAAAAUUAUUGGAUGAAGUGUUUUAUCGAAUGGUUGAAAAGAAAAAGAUUGUCAAAAAAGACAAUCGACUGACUUGGCUAAAGGAUCUUGUCUAUUUUGGCCUUUGCUCCAAUAUCUAAAUAGGGUAGUUGACUCAUAUCAAAUUUAAUAUAAACAAUAUUAUUUUCGAGCAUUACAUGGAAUAUAUCAAUAUUUAAUUAAUAAAAGUUAAGGAUUUCUUUCAAAACUUAAUUUAAAACACAUAUUUUUUUCAAAAUCUCCAAACGUCAAAAAUGCUGUCGUCCAUUUUGUGACGUCACUAACACUCUUGAUGUACUAAACGUUGACCUCCAUUUUGUGACGUCACUAACACCCUUGAUGUACUAAACGUUGACCUCCAUUUUGUGACGUCACUAACACCCUUGAUGUACUAAACGUUGACCUCCAUUUUGUGACGUCACUAACACCCUUGAUGUACUAAACGUUGACCUCCAUUUUGUGACGUCACUAACACCCUUGAUGUACUAAACGUUGACCUCCAUUUUGUGACGUCACUAACACCCUUGAUGUACUAAACGUUGACCUCCAUUUUGUGACGUCACUAACACCCUUGAUGUACUAAACGUUGACCUCCAUUUUGUGACGUCACUAACACCCUUGAUGUACUAAACGUUGACGUCCAUUUUGUGACGUCACUAACACCCUUGAUGUACUAAACGUCGACCUCCAUUUUGUGACGUCACUAACACCCUUGAUGUACUAAACGUUGACGUCCAUUUUGUGACGUCACUAACACCCUUGAUGUACUAAACGUUGACGUCCAUUUUGUGACGUCACUAACACCCUUGAUGUACUAAACGUCGAAGUAAUAUUUUUGUCAAACGCUCCAUUUGUAUGGUAUUUAUUGUAGUGACGUCAUGAAACAGUUGAAAUAUAGACUGUCAUGGCUGACAGGCGUUUUGGCUCGUAUUGCCAAAAAUAUAUUUAAAAACUAAUAUUUUCAUGUAAUCAUGUCUCAAAAAAUAUGAUUUUUUUUCAGUCUAGUAGAACGAUAAUAGACUAUUUAAGACUAUUAAAAAAAAAGUGUAAACUAGCCUAUUGAUUUUAACUGAAGACUGUGCUCUUUACUUCUAUUAGAUUAGUAUUCAAAUGAUGCUCAAAAUUGAGUUUAAAAAUCAAUGUUGUAAAUUCCAAAUGUCAUUCCAAUGGAAGUCUUAAGAUAUUAUUAAUAUAUUAGAUUAAUAAAAUACAAAUUUGAUUAUUGUGUUGCAUUUAUAUUUAACUAAUAAUAAUAAUAGUAUAAGUUAAUAAUUAAUAUUUAUAUUUUUUAUCUAAGAAUCUCCAUUAUAAAACGUAACUGUUUGUUUUAUGAAUAUUUUAUUUCAUGACUUUAUGGUCAAAGUCACAGAUUAAAGAAUAAUAAGCAGAUAGAGCGUAGCAUACUACACUGCAGGGAUGCAUUCCAAAUAAAAAUUCCAAAAACGAAUACAUUCUCGAAUCAGUACGACACGAAGCGUCGCAUCAGUAAUUUUCAAUAUUAUUCAAGAAAAGUGGCGUCUUAUGUUUUUAAAUAUUUUAAAAACUGUUUACAAAAGCUAAAAAAAUAAGAUGGAGCUUUUUUUAUGAUUGAUUGUUAAUGAUUGUAAACUUAUUUUGUGGGUGUUCAUUACGAAUAUUAUUUAAAUGGGUACAUACCACGAUAAACCUCGUGGUUUUAUCGUGGUAUGUAUCCGUUUAAAUAAUAUUUGCAUUGAUUGUUAGUCUAUUAUGAUAUCAAUUUACGUAAUUAUUGUUACUUGUAGUGAAUUAUCUUGAAAUACAAAUUAUGGAAACAGUUUGUUUAAGCAAUGUCGAGGACAUCAAAAAGAAUGUCAAGGACUCACCGUACUGCUUGUAAAUACUCAUUCUGUAUCAUUCUUUAUUCUGUGGUCAAAUUAAAUAUUUGUUGUAGUGUUAAAUGCUAAAGAUGUUAAUAAAAUACCAGAAAUAUGGAGACUGCAAUACAAUGCAUAAAACCAUCAAUUUAUUAUGAAAAGUAUUUAUUACAGAAUUAAUAAAUUUGAUGUAAUAUUGUAAGAAUAAAUACAUUCUAUGAUGUUGCAUAUAUACUAAGAUCACAAUAUUAUGACCACUGCCAACUAGGAUUAUAAUGAAAAAAAUAUAUAAGAAUAUAUUUGCUGUAUAAAUUUUCAUAUUGUACCAAUUUUGAUGUAAAUACUGGACUGUAGAGUAGGAUUUUAAUGUUAUUUCGUGCUACACAUAAUAUAAGUGUAUAUCAAAAAAUAAAUUUAUUUUGCUAUUCUUUGCGAAAAACAUAGUGAUUUUUUGUUUAUAUUUAUUUUGAUAAUUGUUGCUCAGAUAAAUUUAUUAAUUAUAAUUACUAGAGUAUUAAAAUGAAUUAUUUGAUCAAAUAAUUUUUUACAUUAUUUUUAAUGUAGACAGUUUUUCACAGAAAAUAGUAAAAUAAAAGAAUGAUCUAUUGGUUACAUACAUACAAACCGGUCUGCAAUAUAUGUACUGUAGGAAAUAGUAGUCUAGACUAGACGGAUAUGACGUCAGGUGGUGCGACUUGUUUCGUAAAGAGUGGGGAGUUAGAGAGGGGUACCGAUCGGUUGGCGGGAACGAUAAAUAUUGUGAAGCAUAACCUUUGUUCGACAUUAGUUUUCUUAUUUUUAGUAAUCAACUUCUGAGUCUGCUAAAGGUACAUAUUAUGCAGAUCGAGAUAAGGCCCGGCGCACACCGUCUAAUGUGCCCUCAUGUUAAAAGUGCAAUAUUUAUAACUGACUGGUCCUAAAUAAAACAUACUAAGUGAAAAACAUCGAUACAAUAAUAAAAUGUAUAGUAAAAACAACAAAAUGCCGUUUAACUGAAUAUGACAAACUUUCAGCUUUUAUAAAAUGACGAAGGUCUAGGGUUCACUGGCUCUUAGUCUAUUACUGGGUGUGACAUACGUUUCUCUUGUUGUGUUUGUAUUUAGGACCGGCUGAUAUUUUUUUUUAUUAUGCAUUUUUUUUCAUUUUUUUUUAUUAAUGCAAUGUAUUAAAUAUUUUACUAAUUAAGUGCUUUGAUGAUAUUUAAUGUUAUUCCAAUGUUAGUGUAAGUUAUAUUAGCGUAAUAAUCAAAGAAAUCUCGACAUUACAGUACUUUUUAAAGGUUUUUAGAAUUAAAUUGAUUUUAUCAAUAAUUUUUCAACGUCUCAAAUAGAUAUAAAGAAAAAGCAAAAAUAUUUAUUUUCAUUAAAGAGCGUAUUCUGUGGAAAAAAUUUAAAACUAUAGAAAUACAUGAAAACUGUUUUCACUAGUACUAAAAUGCGACCAAGUGGAGAGAAAUGGAUAAAAUGUCGUCCCAAUCGCGGCGGAGUUGUCACAAACCCAUCUCUUUCAUCAUUUGUUAAAAUCUAAAUAAGUGAAUAAAUGUAACUAAAUAAAAAGUAAUAAAUUAAAUAGUAAUAAAUAAAAUUAAAACCCAAGUUUUUGAGUUGUAUCGAGAUGGCGCCCUUAAAGCAACUGUGACAUGACAUUUGACAGCAAACGUCAAAACGACUAUUGCGUUGAAAACGUCAUCAAUCCGUCAUUGUUACCCUUAUUGGUGUUGCUAUUCUUGGGAGAGAAUGAAUAUUAUUUCGUAAUUAUAGUAAAUUCGUAGAUUUGUAUAAUCGAAAAUAGUAAAAAAGGAUUAUUUCCGCCAGGGAUUCACAAUGACUAAUCCAGGGCUCCAUACAAUUUUGGACCAUCUCCUUUUGCUAAUGGACACUGCUUUUUGGUCCAGUGGUUUGCUUAUGUGACUUCAGAUAAUAAGGUCCUGGGUUCGAAUCCUGGCCCUAUACAAUUUUGGGCCAUCUCCUUUGUCCAUUUCUCUUUACGACAUUAUCUUGUUGGUCGCAUAUUAGCACUACAGGAAACUUUGAAAACCAAUUUGGCUUUAAAAAAAACAUUUUUGUCUUUUUUGCUUGCAUACUAAAGGCAGUAUUUUAUUUUAAAAUAAAUCUACUAGACAGAAACGACAUUAAAAUGUCAAAAUUUAAUAAAAUGAUUUAACUAUGGCCCAAACAAUUUACUUAAACAAAAACCAAAUAAUAUUGUUUUAAUUUUAUUAAUAGAUUUAGAAAGUUAUACACAUUAUUUUCUUUUUAUUGUAAUGUAUAGACAACAAUCUAUUUUUUUUUGUAUAAAUUAUAUUUCCUUCUGGCAUUAUAAUAAAUAUGGUGCUCAAAUAAUUGCUUGAACUAAAUUCUUUUAAACAUCAGAAGACUCAUAAACAAGAAGAAAUACUUUAUCGCACACAAAAAAUAAUAAAAAAAAAUCAUAAAAAAUUAAUAAUUUAAACUUAGCAUGCAAAGGCGGCCUUAUUGCUAUAAGCAAUCUCUUCCAAGCAUCCCCUGACUAGAGGAAUAAAAUAUCUUAAAGAAGUACUAAAGUCUAUUUGUAAUGGAAAACUGUGAUUAGUUUCUACAGGGUAGAGUACUGGAACACUAAAUCGCUUGGAGGCAAUGAUUUUAUACUAUUAGACAUGCCUACAAAAUCACAACAUAGUGUUCCAAACACAGCUAUUUCACUGGGCGCAAAUAUGUACAAUUUUGUGUUUACUUAUAUUAUACAGGGUGCUCGGGAGUAUUUUCCAUAACUUCAAAGUAUUAACGAGACCCCUUAUAGGAACCAAUCUGCAUAACUAAUAUUUUAUUCAAUUAAAAAAAAAAAAUGUUUUCAUACAAAGUAAUUCAAAUAAUACUGACUAUCCAUUUAAUACACACCUUUAGGUAACAGACCGACAACGUUGCGUUUUAAGUUUGGUUACGUCAUUAUUAUAAGGAUGCGUAUAAGGGACACAUUUUAAGAUCUAUUUACAAAAGAAAUAUUACACCGAAAAUGUUCCUUAAAUAUUUUUGAAUUAAUUUUUGUUAAAGAAUAUAACCCUAGAGUUAUAUUUAAAUGUAAAUAAUAUUUCUUUUGCAGAUAGAUAUUAUGACGUAGUCAAAUUUUAAAAUCCAAGGAUAGAUAAAGGCGUGUGUUCCAUGGAUAGUCGUAAUUAUUUCAAUUAAUUUGUAUGAAAACAUAAAAGUUUUUAUGUUUUAGUUAAAAAAAUGUUAGUUAUGCAGUUCGGCUCACAUAUGUGUUCAACACCUUGAAGUUAUGGGAAAUAUUGCCGAGCAGCCUGUAUAUAGUUUUUGCAUUCUAGACAAUAUUUAGGUAUUAUUAUUCUCAAGUAACUUUCGUUGUUUAGUAUGGUACUAAAUUAAAUUAAGCCAAUUGACUUUGUUUGCCUCGGUUUGGACGCGCUAGUGCCAUGUCUAUAGUAUAAAAUCAUUGCUUGGAGGUAUAUCUUUGCCGCUAAUACCUCCUUAGUUAAGGCCGAAACCACCACAAGACCAGGGUUGAGCCAUGAUUAUAAUUGAUAUAUGAAAUGAUCGCCAUAUGUUUUUUUGGAAUAAAUGCAUUUGUAUUUUUUAAUCGUUCUUCCUUCAUCAGUGUUUACAGUUUUAUAGUAUAAGAGAUGACCAUUGUUAAAUCAGUAGCUAGUACAAAGGUCGCAAAUUGUAAACUUGUGAUAUCGAGAAAAUUCCAAGUAUGUUUGUACUAUAAGAGCUGGUGAACGAUUAUUUUUAACCGACUUCCAAAAAGGAGGAGGUUCUACGUUCGGCUGUAUGUAUGUUUUUUUUUUUUUUUAAAUAUCAUUUUACUUUUUUUUUAAAGCUGAAAAUACUCCAGUUUGCAAUAUCCGGUGCUGUUUAUUAUUAGAAAAUUAUGAAAAGUGUUUUAUAUAAAAUUUAGUACGUUAAAAAGUAUAUUGAGAGGAGGUUUCCUAAAAUUAAAUAUCAUCAAUGAUAGUUUGGCCAGGAGUUUUUUAGGCUACCUACUCGCAACAUAUUUUUUUUACAUCCUAAUAAUAAUUAUGAUGUAUAACACUUUUCAUCCAUUAAACAGAUUGGUGAAGGUCGUUUCUAAUAUGUAUAAAUGGAUCUUCUAUAGUAGGUGUGGCAUACAUUACGCUAAUCCGUUGCGACGACGACGCUACGCAACGAACUAAUGAGUUAUCGUCCUUACUCGCCUGCUUUCAAAAAAAUAAAUCAAUUGAACUUGUUUGACGUUUAAUUAUGUGAAGUUGCUAAUGUUAUAUGGGAUGACUUUAUAAUCUGAAAGACACAGCUUAGCGAAAAUUGCAGCUGAUUUUCCGAUGCCGAGACACUUGAGGAAAAUUGUACACCAGCUCUUGGAGUAUUUAGUUAAUAAGUCGAAGUCAGUAAUAUAAGCUUGUGUAAAGUAAUUUUAGGCCAGUGUAUUUGUUAUUAUUAGGUGUUGUUCCAAAAUGGCAAAAGUUUGUUAGUGGGUUUUUGAAGAUUGUAUGUACCGUACCUACUUAACCGAUUAGUAAAAAGAGAGGUGUUAUAGGACAACCGCGGGUAAAUCAAACUUUGUUUAUUUGAAUUUAAACCGAAUUUACUUAGGUUGCAAACAAGAAUGGCAGCAUUAAAAAAAACUUUUUUUUUUUAUUUUAUUUUUUUUGGAAAAGUCUGGGGAAUAAAUUGCAUUUUUUUUUUGGGAGUCUGAGGAAAAAAUGUAACGUUCCGUUUUGUUUCGCAUUUAUAUUCGCUUUGGCGAGCAAGUAUUAAAUAUUUUUUUUUAAUUGAAAAAAAAACCACUAACAUAUUAUUUGUCAUUUGCACAAUCCAUAUUAUAUGAAAAUGGGUGUUCUUUUUACAUUUAAAUGUAUAUUCUCUUCGUAAUACUUCUGUGUAUAUGGACUGACUCGUGUCUUAAUACACAUAUACUAAAGCCAAAUUCGAUGUGCAAUGUUUAUCAACAAACAAAUUGGAAAUGAAGGUGGAAAACGUGCUCAUGUUAUUCAAAAGACAUUAACUUUUGUAACUGUUCUAAGUAUAUUAAUCAAAUGUAUGUUCAUUAAUUUAGUAAUUGAAUUAAAAUAGGGAUGAUGACUAGGUUUGAAUAUAUUGAUUUUUAUGAUAAAUUCGGUUAAAUAAGGUCAAUGUUAGUUGUAAUUUAUAUAUAAAAAAGCAAAGAUUUACUGGAUAUUUGCAAAAUAAAUGAGAUUAUAAAAUUUCAAAAUCUAUUAAAAAUCUUUUAUCGUAAUUAGAUGGAAAUUCAUACAGUUUUAGCUUCCUUACAUUAAAUGUGACAUUUUUCAAUAAAUAAACUAUAAACAUAAACGCACAAAUAACAAAGAUAGUAGUAAUUUUGUUUGAACGCCCAUAAAAAUCUAACAAUCCUUAUGAUCUACGACGUCAUUAAAUCGUACCAUUUUGCAUGGGGCGUUUUUCAGAAAUCCGCGGCAGUGCCGCAAAUCUGAUCCUUUAAAUCCCUGUAGCUCCGAAAGUAAUGAUCGCAGAUACCCUGUUACUUUUACAAAAUUGCUUUACUAUUAGCAUACUCUUAAUUUAUAUACAAUUUAAAAAACUGUCAUCAUCCCUAUUAUAUGUGUGAUUUUCAUUUUGCCUCAUUUUUGAUUUGUUUGUUUAUAAACAUUGCACAUCAAGCUUGGCUUUAGUAUAGUUUAAGAUGUGAAGAUUACCCAAAACUUACAAAACUUUGUAAGUUUUGGGUAAUCUUCACAUCUUCAAUCGAUAGCAAUUCAUGAAAAUCAAAACUAUUCUACGAAUAUAGUUUACAUAUGUAAAUUACAUAUUUAUUUCCGUCAUCUCAAUACAUUGCUGGCUCGGGGAGCUUAAGGAGAAAUCUUGGGAUUUACUCGAGCGCGGCUAAAAAGGAUACCUUUCGUGUUGUUAAGUAUUUCCACCAAAUAUAGACCCAAGUCUAGUGGUAUACAUAGAAGUCUUUGUCGUGAUAAAAUUAUAGCGAAUAAAAACAAUUUGUAAUCAUAAAA